AAUCUUCAAAGAUAGUCAAAUACAUUAUGCACGAAGACACCAGGAAGAGUAUGGAACUACCAUCCCUUCGUGGUUUUCCUCUUUCAUACACUUUUCAAGAACAUUGUUACAAACAUUAACACUACUGGGGUUUGGUGGUUAAUGCAUAAGCUUAAAUAUAGGUCACCAACGGAUAAGUAGAAUAUUGUGUCGAACCUAUUGCACCUGUGAGGGAGAUGCUGAUAACAAACAGGCUAUACGCCAUAUCAAUUUUGGGCACAUUUAGGGUCGUGGUACAAAUCGGCAAUGUCACGAUGAUUCUGCAACUUGCGUUCUCGAGAAGAACCAAUGCUUCCAGGUCGGUCUCAGACAACAACGAAUCACAGCAGCUCCGGCUAGCAUGCGGUCUGAUUCUCGUAUUAUCACUAUUUUUUGUUAUUGCAUCCCACGUGUUUCUACUAUCAACGAAUAUGAAUGCCAUUCGCAUCCAAAACCGAAGUUCACGACUUAUCAGCAUGAAUGUGCCAAAAACCGACUGACCGCUGGUCAGUUUAACUUUGAAAGCCAAUCGAAAUGGACCUCUUGACGGGGAUACUUGGUACUGUAGCAGUCCUGUUGCUCCUGCUGGAGCUCUACUUACGCUUUUCACCUGCAUAUCGUGCGGCAAAACAAUUCCCGGGUCCUGCUCUGCUGCCCAUACUCGGCAAUGCACAAAAUCUGCUGUUUAACGAUCAGCUGCAAACCUUCCGGCUACCAAGACGUUGGGCAGCUCUUUACCAAGACACGUACCGACUGGUGGUGCGUGGUAUCCUCACCGUGAACGCGUUCCAGGCCAAAGAUGUGGAACCGUUGCUCUCCAGCCAGCGAUUGAUCGACAAGAGUCUCAUCUACCAUCUGAUGCACGAAUUCCUGGGGAUCGGACUGCUCAACAGUACCGGUGCCAAGUGGCAGCACCGUCGCCGUAUCCUUACGCCGGCCUUCCAUUUCAAUAUUUUGCCCAGCUUCCUGCUCACCUUUCAGGACGAAUGCCGUAGUAUGGUGGCUCAGCUAGAAUCGGCAGCUGAUAAGGGUGAGCCCGUUGCCCUGCAACCACUGAUCACGAAGUUCACACUCAAUACUAUCUGCGAGACGGCAAUGGGCGUUAAGCUGGACUCUGGUACCAUGGCCAAAGAGUAUCGUGGUAAGAUAGAGGCGAUUGGUACCAUGCUGUUGGACCGUCUGAUGAACCCAUGGCUAUACGACCAGUUUAUCUACAAGGUGCUGGGACUCGCGGCCAAGUUUGGUAAACUCCUGCGUCCGGUACACGCCUUCACGCGCUCUAUCAUUCAACAGCGGCGCGAGCUGUUUCACCAGAAUGUGCGCAAUUUUGGUGAUUUCUCUGAGGAAAAUGUUUACACCAACAUCAAGCAACGGUACGCUAUGCUCGAUACGCUGCUGGCGGCCGAAGCGAAGCAACAAAUCGAUGAGGAGGGCAUACGAGAGGAAGUGGACACGUUCAUGUUCGAGGGUCACGAUACCACAUCGGCUGCCCUCAUCUUUACGCUCCUACUGGUAGCACUCCAUCCCGAGGUUCAGGAGCGCUUAUACGAAGAGAUUCAACACAUUAUCCUCGGGAAGGCGGACCCAGACCGUGAGCUCUGCCAGGCGGACUACAACGAGAUGAAGUACAUGGAUAUGGUGCUGAAGGAAUCGCUGCGCCUCUUUCCACCGGUACCGUUUAUCUCUCGUUCCAUCACGGAAAAUACGUACUUCGGAGAGCGGUUCGUUCCGAAGGGCAGCAUAAUCAAUGUGCAUAUCUACGAUCUACACCGUGAUCCUACUGUUUUCCCAGAUCCGGAACGCUUUGAUCCGGAUCGCUUUCUGCCGGAGAAUGUAGAAGGACGUAGCCCUUACGCGUAUGUACCGUUCAGUGCUGGCCCAAGAAACUGUAUCGGUCAGCGGUUCGCGAUACUCGAACUGAAAUCAGUACUCACGGCGAUACUGACACACUUCCGUAUCCUGCCCGUUACGAAGCGUGAAGAACUGGAUUUCAUUUCGGAUAUAAUUUUGCGUACCAGCAAGCCUGUCUUCGUGAAAUUCGAACGCAGAUCAUCCUCUGCUGUGACAGUUGAUCCCAAGGAGGCAUAACUGUAACAUUUUUUAG